AUGAUAGUCGAAAGAGAAUAAAUAUUUUCAGAAACUGAUCUUAAGAAUGCAGAUCUAUUCCCUAACUAUAUUGUUGUGAGAAAAUAAAUCAAUAACUAGUCAAUUGAUACUGGUGAAUGGCAAGGAUUUAUCAAAGAUUUAAAAUACACUAUUAGAACUACAGCAGCUAAGUCUAAAGGAGAAAUUAUUCAAAAUUUUUGUACAUAAUUGGGGCUAAGAGUUGAUCAAAUCUAGUCAAACUAAAAGUUAAUGAAUCAAAGUAUUUAGGAGUAAAUAUAAUCAUUAAAUUAAUCAGAGGAGUUAAAAUUAGACAAAAAUCAGAAAGAUAUUGAUUCAAUAAAUUCAAAAAUUGAAGGACUUGAUGUUCAAGUUAGAGGACUAGAUGCUCAAAAUUAAGGACUUGAUUCUAAAAUAAUGAAACUUUAGAAUGAUAUGGACUUCAUUAAGAAUUCCAUGAUUUAACUUCUACAGAAUAAUAAUCAGGGAUUAUGA